AUGUGUUCAAACAGAAAAAAAAAACAGUAUUUCCCGCCUGCAACGGUAACCAUGGCGCUCUGCACCAGAGUCCCUCACCGGCUGCAUCUGGUGCGGACCUUCGUCGACGCCAAGAUCAAAUGGGUUCGUGACCCAGACCUCGACAACGCUGUUGAGAGAGAGAAAAACCUCAAACAAAUCCUUUCUCUCAAAAACCAAAUCGUCUCGUCUCCCUCCAGUUCCCUCCCCCUUUCCUCACUCUCCCCUCUCAAACCUCACUUCAAUCUCCCCACCUCUACCUCCAAAGUUUUCCAAAAGUACCCUGCCAUUUUCUCCCAAUUCCAACCCUCUCCCUCUCUCCCUCUGCACGUCAAGCUCACCCCUCAAGCCAUGACUCUCCAUAAGGAAGAGCUAGCCAUUCACAAGUCUCCCGCUCAUAGAAACGACGCCGUGAAGAGGCUGGCUAAGCUGUUAAUGCUGGCUAAAUCAGGUAGGCUGCCGUUGCAUAUCAUAGACAAGUUCAAAUUUGAUCUGGGUCUUCCCUCUGAUUACAUUACUUUUCUUCUUUCCGAUUAUCCUGAAUAUUUCCAAAUUUGUGAAAGUAUAAAUACUCUUGAUGGUAAAGAAACCCUUGUUUUAGAGCUUAUUUCUUGGAGAAAAGAGCUCGCAGUUUCGGAAAUGGAAAAGAGAGCGUCCUUUUAUAAUGGUAGGGAAGUGAAAAAAGGAAUGCCGUUAUGGUUUUCGAUGAAAUUACCCAACGGGUUUGAUUUGGAGAAGAAGGUGAUGAAUUGGGUUGACACGUGGCAAGAUUUGCCUUACAUUUCACCUUAUGAGAACGCCUUUCAUUUGGGGCCUAAUAGUGAUCAGGCAGAAAAAUGGACUGUUGCGGUGCUUCACGAGCUGUUAUGGCUGUUGGUGUCAAGGAAGACGGAAAGAGUGAAUGUGUUUUGUUUGGGAGAUUAUUUAGGGUUUGGGAAUCGAUUUAAGAAGGCGUUGGUGCAUUUUCCGGGGAUUUUUUAUGUUUCGAAUAAGAUUAGGACACAGACUGUGGUGCUUAGGGAAGCUUAUAGGAAAGAUUUCUUGGUGGAGAAACAUCCAUUGAUGGGUAUGCGGUUUAGGUACAUUCAUCUUAUGAAUAAGGCAGAGAAGUUUCGGAACAGUGGUGUUGUUUUAAGGUUUAGGAGGAGACGAGAGGUUAUGCCCUCUGCUGAUAAAGGGCAAGUUAUGAAAGAAGAUGAUAAGAGUACGGGGGAAAAUAACAAUUUUAAUGAGUUGUCUGAUUCGGAGUUUGAGGAUGUUUCCAAUGAUGAGACAUCAAGAACACAGAUAAUAGAUACAUAAAUAUCAGAGGCACGACCUUGAGAUGAGGAGCUUGAGAAUUCUGCUAGAGAAAGCUUUGAUUGCAUUUACUUUCUUUGACAACCAAUGUGUUAGAAUUGCAUCACUGCUAGAGAAAGAAGCAUAAACUGAGCAUGGUCUUAGAAGGAUGGUCAAUUUCUUAAACUGUUGGUUUUCGAAGUUGAUGAUGUCAGUAAUUAUGUGACAGGAAAGAUGAUGAGAUGAUUGGAAGGAGCAAGGUAAUUGUGCAAGUGAUGUGAACAAUGGAGCGUACUUUGAGAAGAAAUGCCGUAUGAGUGAUGUGAAGUUAUUGAUGAUUUAGAAUUGCCAAGCUUAAAACUACAGAAGGCAUUAGCUCAACAUGGACUCAGAUUCUGCUUGGAGAUGUUCUGUUCGAAGAUACUAGAAUUAGACAGGGGAACCGUUUUGCUACAAAUUGUAUGGAAAAGACUGAUCAAUAAAUUCUUCCUUGGAUAAAUCUGGAAGUUCACUAUUACGAAAUGUCCUUGGAUAAACCUGAAUGUUUGCUAAACCUUUGGUUUGUGGCUGUAUAGGUGCUGGAUAACUGAGACCUGUUUUAAUGAAAUUAUAUAGCGGUACUUCCUUCUUAGGUUGCU